AUGGAGACCAUUUUGGAAAUUCUCGAAGCUCAGAGGCCGCCUGCCUCUAUUGCUGCCAAUGUCACCCAUGUUGAUGGGGUGAUCAAUCCUACUGUUGUUGCUGGCACUACCGUCAAAACUCCGAUGGAGACUGUGGCUUGCUGUUGCCUACCCGUGGGGGAUGCCCCCACAAUUUGCUGCUCAUCUCACCAAUUGGGGGCUUUCUUCCCUCACCCGGCUCUCUCUGCUCCUACUGCUGCUGGAAACAUUGGUUUCCCGUGGGGUGUCCCCACUUUCCAAACUCCUCUGGUCGAUGCUGCUAAUCCAGAGGCCAACCAAGGUCAGGUUCCCGACGACACCCCUGACACUAAGGAUGACUACCGAGGCCCGCGCCUCCAUUUUCAGAUCCCCGCUCAGACUGCUCAAGCUGCGAGCGCAAGUCAAUUCCCGACCGCUCCAUUUGGUUAUCCUGGGGUAACCUCCAUGCCCAUGCUGACGUACGCACCUACCAAUCCUGCACUCCAGCAUGUGGAGACAAGGGAACCUCAGGCUCCCAAUGCUCAGACAGGAGGACAAUAUCCUCAAACGGCUCAUGCUGCCCAAACUGUGCCGCCGGGUUUCUCUUACCCGCCUCAAAUGUGGUUUACCCCAAAUAUGCCCACGCAGAUUGCUCCAGAAACUUCCCGACCGGCCAGUCAGGUCGCUCCUCCCACUGCUGAUCCGGCUAAACCUGCGGAUUAUCAACUCUUGGAUGACAGAAUAAGGGCCAUCGAGGGUUUCUCCGUCUUUGGCAUAAACGCUCGAGAUCUCUGCUUGGUCCCGAAUGUGGUACUCCCGCAGAAAUUCAAGGAUAGUCUGUCUGGGGCUUCCCUGGAUUGGUACAUGGGUUUGGAGCGCACAAAGAUCCGGUCAUGGAGGGAUCUAUCUGAGGCAUUCUUGAAACAAUAUAAGUACAACCUUGACAUGGCUCCGACAAGGAUUCAAUUACAGAAUCCAUCACAAAGGUCUAAUGAAACCUUCAAGGAGUAUGCUCAACGUUGGUACGAAAUGGCGUCUAGGGUCCGACCAACACUAUCUGACAACGAAUUGGUAGAUAUCUUCAUAGGUACACUGCAAGGGUUGUAUUAUGAGAAGAUGAUCGACAUUUUUUCAACAAACUUUGCUAAUAUGGUAAACAUUGAGGAGCGUGUAGAGAAUGGGCUGAAAUCGGGGAAAAUCACAGACACGACCGCACCACAGACAAUAAACAAGAGGCCGCAUGGGGGCUUCACAAAGAAGAAUGAGGGGGAAGCCAACGCUGUGACGGCGAGUGCUCACCCCCGAUAUCAAUUUCCGAUGACCCCUAUGUUGUAUUAUCCGUAUCCAUACGUCACCGCAGCUCAACAUCAACAACCUCCAUUCCAGUACCAACCGCAGAAAGGUAAUCAACAACCAACACCCGCUCAGAAAAACCCAAACCAACAAUAUAAUCGUGACAACAAAGGACAAAAUCAUGGUCAGAACAAUAGAGGAAAUUUUGGUAAUCGUCCCCAAUUUGAUAAGAUCCCAGUACCAUAUGCAGAAUUGGUGCCGUAUUUGAUCCACGUGGGGGCUAUCGUACCAAGAGAUCUCCCAACAACCUCUCCUCCCUUUAAUCGUAGUCACAAUCCUAAUGCCACAUGCGCUUUCCAUGCAGGGCAUAUAGGACAUUCCACCGAGGACUGUUGGGCUCUCAAAAAGAGGAUCCAAGAGUUAAUUGAUCAAGAGAUCCUGUCUUUCUCCAAGGAAAAAACCAACAUGAAGACUAACCCCUUGCCAAAUCACGGUGGCGCAACAAUCAACAUUAUGAUCGAAGAAGAAAAUGCCGAAUUUAUACUAAGGGCUGAAGAAGUAAAGACUCUGAUGUCUGUUGUAUUACAGAGGCUUGAACAAUUUGGGUUGUUAGAAGGUGUACAUGAUGAUUACGCAGUAUGCGAGUUUGAUCCGGAUAAUUGCGACAAACUGAGGGGUUGUGUGCAAGAACUAAUGGAUCAAGGUUUAGUACAGUUCUCCAAGUCUAGAGCAGCAGAAGAGGUGGCCGUAAUUGAACCAAUAACAAUUGUGUACAGAAAGAAGAAGGUUGAAGCUCCUCCCAAGAGGAUUCAACCGAUUCAUUUCCGUGUUCCCACUCCAUUCCCGUAUUAG